CAAAACUCUCAGGCAACAAAAUUCAAAGUUCUCGCAGUUUCAGUUUUAUAUUUUUCGUCAUCACACGCACAGCUUCAGGCAAAUCAAAAAAUUCGAACUAGUUUUAAAAAAUAUCACUCUGAAUUUUGGUCUGUGCAACGAGUUAACACUAAAUUCUACACAUUUUGGAAGUGAAACUGCAGUCUCAUGGAGUUUCAGAACACCUGCAAAGAGUACACAAAAAUUCAGCAAGCCUCGUUACGGAGUCGCCUCAAAAUGAAGUUCGAGGAUAUUAAGCUGCAACGUUUAAUGGCUCAUCAGACCAAGGAUAAACUAAGGCAGGAUCUUCUCGACGAUGAGACACUGCACUGGUAUCAUUUCAGAAACAAGAUUGAAUAUCAGCGAGAAAUUGCACGCAGGCGGUAUGGAAAUAUUCCAAUGGGUAUGGUCCGCUAUCUGAAACCGAAGGAUGAGUACGAGCGUCAGCUGGAAAAGGCCAAGGAGGAGGCCGAGUUGGCACUGGAGGAGGAACGUCUGUUCUUGGCAGCGACCAACCAUGCCAAAUGUUCCAACGGAGGAGCAUCCAAAAACAUCUCAAAAUAGCGAGAUGCAGGACGAAUCGCGACUAGGUCCAAGAAGUAAUAUCCCCCCUUCCAACCCAAAUGCCCACUCAAAUAUCUCUCUGCCCAAGGCUUGUGCCACAGCCCAAGAAAAACCAAAAGACAGACUGCAAUGGAACCUCAAAUACAAUUUAUUCGUACAAGUUGUUGCAAUUUCAAAUUGAUAAAUCAAAUAGUUAGGGGCUUGAUUGUUGAUGCAACACCCAUCACAGUCCCAAUCCCAUUCCCAAUCCCAAUCCCGAGCAAAUAUCUGGUUUAAAGUGCUGCUUCGAUGCAUUACAAAUA